UUCUUUCUUUUUGAGGGAGAAAGGGAGCAAGAGGCAAGCAUGAUCAGCUAGAGGGUUUUGUGCUCAAAGAGGGACCCACCACGUCGAUUAACCCCUUCCUGCUCGAGCGAGCGCGUCCCGGCUGCCCUCUCCGCGCGUUCCCACGACGCGCAAACACGCACCAGCCUCCCUGACAGGCGCCCGCGUCGCCAGCCAUGCGGCCGUUCGUCCCGCUUGGGGCGGCUGUCGGCCUCUUUCUCUCCGCCUUCCCGAUCUCCUAUGUCUUGAACAGCGUGACAGCCAUGGAGCAUUCGUGGGCCAUCACAGCGGCUGGCUUUGCAGUCCUGUUGUUCUUAUCUGCUCUGGUCUACCUUCCAGCCCGGUCCCAAGAUCCUCUCUUCUACGUGUUUAUGGUUUUUUCUUUCACCUCGGGGAUCGACGGAAUCAUCGCUUUGGAAGAGGACGGCUAUCUAAACAACUUUCUGGAGUUCUACAUGAGAGAGGGCGAGCCGCACCUCAGCACAGCCUACGGCAUUAUGAUUUGCUACUGGGACGCAGUGGUCCAUUACGGCCUUUACCUCGCCAUGAUUGCAGCCAUCGCUCAAAGGAAAAGUUACCGGAAUUUCGGCCUCUACUGGAUCGGAUCUCUCACCAUGAGCCUGGUGGUUUACCUGUUGGGGAACGUGAUCGGGAAGUAUGGCCACGAAAUCCGCCUGGCGUUCAUGCUCAACGCCCCUUACCUCCUCGUCUCUGUCUGGGCUGCCGUGAGGAUUUUCAGCCACCCCAGGACCUCGCCCUUGAUGACAGCCGAUAAGGUUGUUGAAGAACAGCGCAAAACCUUGUUGCAGCGUCCGCUGGAUCUGGGCCUGGUGGGCUACCUCCUUUUCGCCGUGGCCUUCACCCUCUUCCGAGGACUGGUCGUCCUGAAUUGCCCGGCCGAUGCCUGCUUCAAUUACAUUUACCAACAUGAGCCCUACCUGCGUGAUCCGGUCGCCUACCCCAAAGUUCAGAUGCUCGUCUUCCUGUUUUACUGCCUGCCGUAUUUCUGCGCCUGCAUCUAUGGCUUGCUCUCCCCUGGAUCCACAUGGAUGACCGAUUGGGCUUUGGUUUUCGCCGGUGCCAUCGCCCAGGCGCAGUUUUCCCACAUCGGCUCUUCGCUUCACCAGCGCACUCCUUUCCCCUACCGCACUCCGGAAGAGUCCUGGUGGCCUGUCAUCCUUAUUAACGUGGCCUACACCGUGGGGCCACACCUCCUCGUUUACCGCUGCCUCCGCAGCCCGGCCUUUUUCGGCCAGCCGGUUUCCCGGGACGAGGACAAGAAGACCCAGUGAGAGCAGCAAGGCGGGAGCUGGCCGGAUCCUCCGGACACAAACCGGAUCCCGCUACGCUUCCUUGAGAAACUCCACUCCGGCGGUCUUUGAAACAUCUCCGGGGCAGUUCAGGACCACUCCGCGUCCCUCUCGAAACCGACGCGGGAGCUUGUUUUGUCUACAUGGCACGCUUGAAUCGGGUUGGAAACCGGUUCCAACCCAACCAAGGAAUCUUGGGGGUUGGGGGGUGGGGGAAAUGUGGCUAGCAAUAUAUAGGGAGGAGAUGUCUCGGCGUUUUUAAGCAUUCUCCAAUCGCCAGAGAUUAUUUGGGCUGGUGGUAGGUUGGGAAUAUAUAGAUUUUUGUAAAAAUCCGUUCUGUCUGCGUUUCUGUCAGACAGUUGGGCCUUUCGUUCUGCCGCCCACUCAUUGGGUUUUUCCCGAUUUCCCAAAUUUGCGCAAAUUCACGCUUGCGCAAAUGGGCAACCGCCCUCAAAUGCGCAAAUACCAUCCCCCAAGAUGCAAAUUCCACCUAUAACUGUUAUGAACCGCCCAGAGAGCUUCCGCUUUUGAAAGAAAUGGAUAGAAAUGUAAUAAAUAAGUGCGAUUAUUUUUUUUAUGUGUCAGCUCGUGGGGUUAUAUAUGCAUUUGGGGGGGGGGGGAUGUACGUAUUUUUCUAUGACUAAAUUUGCGUAAAAUUCCAGGAAGUAAAAUGAAAGAUCUGCAAGUCUGGGGAAUCUCUGUGAUUUGGGGGGAAACCGGCCCGCUUUGGAAAUCAUGGGUUGGAUUCGUAGAAAUUCAAACUCAUUUGAUUCCGUUGUGGAUUUCUCUGACACCCCUAGUGGUUAGGGGUGACGAAUAGCAAGAGAAAGUUUUCAGAGUGUUUUAAAGCAGAGAUGGGCUACGCCUGGUCCGCAGGCCUCCUUUUUGGUCUUUUGUGGUAGUCCAUAGGUGUGCGCGAGGGGCGUGCUGGGUGUGUCCAGGCACACCCUAAUGUCUCAAGCAAUGAGCAUCUUCUCAAUCCUCUCCUCACCUGCAGCCAGGCAAGCCGAGUGCAUAGCAGGGCAUCAGUGUCUAUAGUAUUUAAUAAAUAAAUGCAUUAAAAAAAGGUCCUUUAUGACUGAGUAUUCAAUAAAUGUUCACUUUUAAAAAUUGGGCUCCGGAGCCUUGGACAUCCCCACCUCUGUAAGGUAGACAAGCCAGCUUUUGAGCGCCUGGACUAUUACAUUGUACUUCCUAUGCCAAGGGAGGGCGGUGUCUUCAUUUGCUGUGAACGAACACGAAGCGGGCGCUUGGAGGUAUUUGAUGGAAGUUAUUGUU